UACUGUGUGAGCUGUGAUUGGUCACAGCUUGUCACAUGGUACAAGGCUGUUGUGAAUAGCCCUGUACCAUGUGAUCUCUGAGUGACAUCUUGCUUACUACUCUGCAUGUGAUCACUGGCCAAGCAGUGAUCACAUGAUCGGGACCUCGCACAGAGGUCCCGUACAAUGAUCGGUGUUCCGCUGAGUCCAGGGAGCACGCACAAGCAGGAGGCAGGGAGACCAUUUAUAAAUGGCCACCCAACCCUGCACUGCCACCGUCCGGCCGUUUAUAUACAACGGCUGGACGGGAGGUGGUUAAGGAUU